AUGACUGAUUGCUCUAGUCCAACCAACCAGCUAUCGGAAGAUGAAGAUGGAAAUAAUUUAAAUGAAAUCGCUAAUACUUAUCUUCCCUUUGUAGAAUUUAAUGCAAAAAAACACCUUGACCACUAUGCAGACCAUAGAUUCCCUCGAGGCACCUACGCUUGGGACUAUCUCGGACCUCCAUCAGGAUUAGUCCCGUCCAAUAUCCCUAAAUCUACUAAAAACUCAUUUACUGAUGCCAACGAAUUGAGUUCCAAUAACAGUCUUGAGGGUAGGUUUGACACGGAUGACUGCGGAUCCAGCUCUAACUCGUCUGUAACAGAAUCUGAAUCUGAACUUGAUACAUCGUCGAGCUACAAGUCAAAGAAUCGUAAAACCAAUACAAGGCAUGGCAAAGCUGCUACUUCUUCGAAAGAGAUCAUAGGUACUCCCACUCCAUCUUUACCUGAAACUGAAGAUUCCACUGUCAAUUCAGAAUCACUAGGCUAUCAGACUCAAGAACCUGAAGAUCUAUCUGAUCAGUCGCAAAAUUUGAAUCCAUUGCAGCAGGAUACGAAAUUACGAAAAACGCAAUUACAUGAUCAGGAAUCAGAAGCAAGCAUACAAUCGUCUCGCUCUGCCCAGAGCACUCUACCAUUUCAUACAGCACGAGCCAAACUAUCUCAUGCAGAACGUAGAAAGAUAUUGAUGUAUUUGAGAUCGAAGCAAUCAAAACGUCUGGAUAAAUAUCGGCGCGACGGGGUACUAAAGCUUGAAUGGGUUAAAAGACUUAAAGCGUGGAAAUGUGGGAGAGAUACAGCUUGGGAUAUUCAAAACUAUCGAUCAGCAGUUGUAGAUGUUAUAUGUACCCAACGCGCCGAUACUCUUAGAAUGAGUGUUGCAAACGAUAAUGGUUCCGAAGCAAAGCAAAUACAUAGGUCUAGUUUGCAUUUAUACUUAUGCGUGUGUAAAGAUAUGUUGGUUGUAACUGCACCUGGCUAA